AUGUUUAAGAAAGGUACAAAUAUUCGAGAUCUAUUUGCUGAGAGUGAAAAACCAAUUCAAAUAAUAGUAAAAAGAAGGGCAUCUUAAGAUAGUAUAAGUAAUUCUAAUAUAAUAGUGCCACCAUUGGUGAGUGUGUCACCUAAAUUAAUUGUAUAACCAAAAUUCAGUGUUCAUGUUUCUUAGGCAUAAAUUCAUAGUCCGGAAAGAAAGACUUAUUAUUUAGGAGAGUUGAAGACAACAAAGAGAAAACCUUUACCACAUAGUAAUAGCAUAACGAUUAAGGUAGCAGUAGUUAUAAUUAAGAUUAAGAAUACAAAUUUAAGUACAACGUUGACAACUAAUCAAUAUAAUAGUUAUGUUGGAAAGAUUAAUUUUACAUUAAAAUUUGUAAUAGGAUGGGGAGGAUUUGGUAAAGUUUGGAAAGUAGAACACAAACGAUCUAGAUAAAUCUUUGCUAUGAAAGAAUUAUAAAAAGCCAAGUAAAUAAAAUUGAGGACUUAGAAUUUUAGGCAAGAACUCAGUAAAAUCUGUAAUAAAUGAGAAGAAUUUACUUUCUAAGUUAAAACAUCCAUUUAUAGUAAACAUUGUGGCUGCAUUUUAAGAUAGAGAAACAUUAUAUUUAGUAAUGGAUUACUUAUCAGGAGGAGAUCUUAGAUUUCAUUUGAUAUUAAACAAAUAAUUUAAAGAAGAUCAAAUAAGUAAAUUAUAAUAUAUAAAGAAAAUAAGAAUUUUUUAUUGGUUGUUUGAUAUUAGGAUUAGAAUAUAUGCAUAGUAAUUAGAUUAUCCAUAGAGAUUUAAAACCAGAAAAUCUUGUAUUUGAUUAAUCAGGUUACUUAAGAAUAACAGAUUUAGGUAUAGCUAGAGUGCAUAAAUUGGAUAAUCAUAAUGAAACAAGUGGUACUCCUGGUUAUAUGGCACCUGAAGUUUUGUUACGUUAGAAUCAUUCUUAUGGUGUUGAUUAUUUUGCUUUAGGAGUAAUGACUUAUGAGAUGAUUACAGGCAAAAGACCAUAUAUAGGUAGAUCUCGUAAGGAAGUAAGAGAUGAAAUACUUGGUAGAUAAGUAUAAUUGAGUUAAAAAGAAUGUCCAAAUUAUUCACCAUCUAUUAUUGAUUUUACAAAUAAAUUAAUAUAGAGAAAAUAAUCUUUAAGAUUGGGAAUAGGAGGAAUAUCUUAAUUGAAGGAUCAUCCAUGGUUUAAUGGUUUUGAUUGGAUUAGUUUGUAUAAUAAAAAGAUGGCAGCUCCAUAUUUACCUAAAUGUGAAGAAUACAAUAGGAAAUUACAAUAAGGACAUUAAGAAUCAGAUAAAACUUUGAUUGAGGAAUUUACAAAAUAAUUGAGAAUAAAGGAAGUGUAGUAAUAAUUUGAUGGAUACACAUAUAUUCAUUCCUAAUGA